AUGAGAGUGUCUCCGGUACGUUGGGGUCUCGAAUUUGGAAAACUUGGUAAAAUCUAUGGACAAUAUAAAUUUACUUUGGCACCCAAUGAACAGAAAGUAUUCAAAGGAUUUUGGAAAGAUGCUACUGUUAAGGUGCUGAAAAAUACUUGGUUAGACCGAUGGUAUCUUUGGUUACCACAGGUUGUAAUUCUUUACUUUCUGACAGAUCUUUGUGUGAAGAUGAACCACGAAGCGUAUCGUAAAAAGCCAGAAGAAUUCAUCAAUGAAGGUGUACCACUUAAGUCGACAACUGGGUCAGAAGAAAUAUCCUCUUAA